UGUCCUGAGGUAAUAUUCAGAAAGGACACAGAAUAACCUCAAUUAGCCAACUGAAUGGAUUUCAUUUGCCUUAAAGGCUUAUGAGCCACAAUAAAUAAAAUGUGGUCCUCCAACGAUCACAACUAAAUUGAUAGCAAGCAUAAGCCAAUGUCAUAUUCUUUUCAUGGCAUACAAUGUAGUUACUGUGCUGCCUCAAUUUGCAUGCAAAUAAUGCAUUGCUGAUCGAAUGCCCUUACAAUUACAUAUUUUUUCGAAGGUCAAAGAAUCCCCUCACCUUUUCUGAUUGCCUCCCAGCUUACCAAUUAUCCAAAAAAUGUGGUUCAAUCUGUUUCUAAGCAACAGCAGCACUGCACAUUUGAAUCUCUUUUCUUACUAUGUUUCUUCUUUUUAAGUUUCGAUAAGGACCAAGUAACCUUGACCACAAAAAUACCUUUCUUCCAUUGUCAAAUCAGAAAAUUCCUAAUUAAGCAAAGGUUAUGUCUUUGUGUGUGUGUGAUUGUGUGUGGAUUUUCAAUUCUGUCUUAGCAUAUUGCAAGAAUAUAAAGACCUACAAAAGAUUCUGCAUAUCAGUUUGACUACAGGGAAGGCAAUCUGUUCAUUCCCACCUGUAGCCAGCAAAGAACUGGAGGAAGUCAGCAGUAUUCAAACAUAUCAUAACUGACAUCCAACUAUAAAAAGAGGUGGGUGAUGAAAUUAAAGGGAAAAAAAUAUUCUCAUAAAUAAUAUAUACAUAUGUAUGUACUUCUAUAUUUUCCUCCUAACACUGACAGAAAGGACUGUUAAGAAUUUUUUAACCAAUCAUUACACCACUGCCUGUAACACCAGCUAAUCUCUGAUGAGAUCAGAACUGCUUCAAAAAGUUAGUUUUAGUUUGGUACCACAGGAUGGCCAUGUUGCUUUAGGCAACCUGGACCUACAGGUAACAGUCAGAUGAAGAAUUUAGCCCAGAGAAUUUAUAUCAACUGUACGUCAUUCACACUCAAACGUAAAAAAGCCUCCUGGUGGAUAACCUGAUUCUCCACAGAGAAGUAACAGUUUUAGUGUAGGAAUUAUAGAGGACAUCAUGAGAGAGACUAUGGAAAAAGUCCAAAAUACCACCCAUGGAUCGGGCUGUUUUGAACACUGCAUGCCUCCGGAACAAAGCACAUCCAGCCCGCCAACCUCUGCUGCAGUCAGUCGCCUACUGAGAUUUGGAGCUGUGGCUCUUAUUGUUGGUGCAGUGUUAAUGUUGUGUGCAUCCAUGGCUGCUCUCUACCUGUGGAAAGUCGGCGAUAAAAAUGUUUAUAAUGUUCGUUACAGUAUGAACAUCAAUGGAGAGGUGAGGGAGGGUUCCGUGGAAAUUGAUUCUGACAACAACCUGGAGCGGUUUAAAACUGGGAGUGGAGCUGAGGAAGCUGUGGAGAUUCAUGACUUUCAAAUUGGAAUAACUGGAAUCCGCUUCUUUGGAGGAGACAAGUGUUAUAUAAAAUCCCAAAUCAAAGGCAACCUUCCACACAUGGGAGCUCACAACAAAGAGUCGCUGAUGUUUGACCAGACAGAUGAAAUGAUGCCAGUGAGGUUUGAUGAGGAGUUCCUCAUUUGGGUUGCUGCAGAGCAGCCGCUGAAGGACACCAGCUUUCUGAGCAACAAAAUUCUGGGUCUUUGCCGGGAACUUCCCAUUUACUGGCUUCAACCCAUCUAUCCUAAAGAUGGGGAGAGGAGAAAGAGAGACACACAGCGAGCCAAACGGCAGUUUAACAUGGAGGAGUUUGAGGCAGCUGCUGAGGAGAGAGACGCAGUGAGUCACGCAGAGGAUGACACCUCCAGAGUCGUGGAGGAAGAGGAGGGGGCACAGUCUACUGCGGGGUCAGCAUACAAUCCUGAAAACCCCUAUCAUCGCAGCGGAGGGGCCGGAGAGGAAAGCGCCAUGACCUUUGACACCAUGUUAGACCACCAGGGGAUCUGCUGCUCAGAAUGCCAACGCAGCUACACUCACUGUCAGAGAAUAUGCGAGCCUCUGCGUGGCUACUGGCCCUGGCCUUACAACUACAGAGGAUGCCAGGUAGCUUGCAGAGUCAUUAUGCCAUGUCGCUGGUGGGUGGCACGCAUCUUAGGUGUUGUGUAAAAAAAACACGUUACACAUGUGAGAGAUCUUUUUUUUUCCAAAGACCUCACAAGGUCUCUAAACUCUAUUAUGCAUGCAGAUAUUUAUUUUCUGAGUUUAACUGUGGAUACCACAAAGCUAUGUCUGUUAGCUUGAAACUCAGAUCAUGAUGUAUGAUUGUCUGUACUAUAAUUCCUAUAUUUUAUAUUUAGACUUAUGCUUUCUCUUUGUAGGCAUACACUAAUUAUUCACAUACAGUAACACUGGAAUACACAAAUGCCAUAUUCCUAUUUGCAGCAACAGACUCACAAAUGAGCCCAUUCAUUUUUGCAUCAUGUAAUAACAAGGCUUAAUGCACUGUACUGUGUUUAAUGGAAGGUAUGGGACUGUAUCCAGAAGCUCGGCAGAUCAUGUACCUUUUCUGACUGAGUAGGCUUCAAUAAAUUCUAAUUACAGUA